AUGGCCAGCUUUCCGUGGGGAGGGCCAGCUUGGAAUGAGCUCGAUGUUGCCCAGAACUGCUCUGCGUUUGGCGACUACGCAGCUUGGGUUGUGACCAACGAUUACGAGCCACCAUUUCCCGCAGUAUCAACCUUCUGGCGUGCCGUUGUACCAGAAGUGAACUCGACUCAACCAACAAAUGGGCAGAUCAUCGAUUGGCAUGAAUGGGUGCGGUCUAAUAGGAGCACUUUGGCCUCUCAAGUACGCGACUUUUCGUCUUGUCGGCCCGAACUUUGUCAGAGGUUCGGCUCCGAGGUUGACGGUGGCCUCGCGGGAUUCGGCCUUCUCGCAUCAUAUGGCCUCGAGUCUGUUCUUCUGACGGUAUACUGCAUAUUCGCUAUUCUGAACUUCCUCAAGCGCCGCAAGAAUGACAACAGUCUGUCAGAGGAGCCGUCAGUGAGACCAGGCUUCUUGGGUCGCGUCAACGAGGCCCUCCGAGGCACAACGUACGACCUCUUCACCGCGGCUGCUUUUCUCUCCCUCGGAAUACAGGCCACAGUCAUCUACAACCAGGUGUCUCCAGCCACGUACCGGUACAACUCGUCCCUACAGCUCAUCGUCUCCGCCUUUGCCUUCUACCCCUUGGCAACGAUGCUUCCGCUCAUUCUCAACUCUGUGCGCCGCAGUUGGCUCAAAGGUGCUGUUCUCAUCGGUCUCUUCAUUAUCCAUACCGCGGCUUGGGUCCUCUGCACGAACAACGCCCAGGAAGAUUACUACUACAACGAGCGCGUAAUCAAUCUGUGUCCUCAGAACCAUCCUCCGGAAGCUGCAGUAUCAGCUGCGAUGUUCACCAUGGCUGCCAUGGUUUGGAUGCCACCUCUCUUUGGCCUCUGCCUCAGCGUGGUUCUUUGCUUCUACAGAUGUAACAACCGCAAGAUGUGGCAGGCUAAAUGGCUAAACAUGGUCGCCAAGGGGGCCAUGAUUCUGUUUGCCGGCGCCAACUUCAUUUGCAUGUGGGGUGCUUGGAUCAUACUCGUGAUUUACUUCAGCCGCGCUCACUGGAAAACUGAAGAUACUUGGAGCUUGGGACAGUCACUUGCCCUCACCCCAUGGAUUCCAGUGUUGGUUGAGCUUGCAUCCAUAUUGACUUUUGGGACCGAAGGGGGUUUUGUUGGUCGUUUGCCUGUCGAGUUCAGAGUAGUUCGGAACGAGAAGGCCCUCCACCGUCGAGAACGGGACUCGCUGGUGGACGAGCCCCAUGUCCAUGGUGGCAAUGGGGCGUAG